AUGAAUUUCUUCGGCAAGAUACCGAGUGAGCGCAGCGCCGGCACGGAGCGACAGCUGCUGGAGUCGCCCCUUCUGCCGCGGCCGGCGUCGCACACGGCGACGCCGACAACGGCUUUGAGCCACAGCUCGUACGCGAUCGGGACGACUGCGUUGAACGCUGGUUCUGGCGACGCCGCCUUCCAGAUCAAGUCCGUACACGACUCUGCAGUGGGUCCCCAGGGCGGUGUGGCCAGCGGCGCUGCAAGCAGCGCCGCUCGCACCCCGCUGCGCGCAUCGCCGGGACCAAGUGUGCAAGGGCAGUCGCAAACGGCCGCUGCCCGCGCCCAAUUGCAUCCGCAAGACACACCAGUGUCCAAUACUACGAAUUCCGAGACUGGAGUCCCACGUGGAGCACUGGAGGUGACGAUCGUCGCCGCGAGGGAUCUUUUGACGAGAUCUCCACAUGCAAGGCCCUACGUGGUGUGUACGUUCGAGAGCUCUGAGUUUAUCUCUGAUGGACCCGAGAACAACAGUGUAGGCCAAUCAGGUGGAGCAUUACCCUCUAUCCGCGAGAACCAAUUACAAACCACGCCUCUUUACACACGUCAGUCGUCAUCCCAAUUAGAUAAACUAGCUUCUACCGCGUCUGAGGACCCAGAUCACAACUCUUCCAACCCAACGUGGCAUCACAAAGCGACUUUUGAUGUCCUGGGUGCACGUUCGGAACUCGAUAUUUCCGUCUACGACGCUGCGCAUGACGACAUGUUUUUGGGACAAGUUCGUCUGCGGCCUCACACCCAUGUUCCGCACCGUGCGAAACAGAAUCAGUGGCACAAGUUGCAAAGCAGAAUCAUCGGAGAACGCGCUACAGGUGACAUUUUAGUCGAGUGGUCUUACACUUCUACAGAAAAGAGACACUAUGGUCCUCACGAUUUCGAAGUUCUACGGCUUUUGGGUAAAGGAACUUUUGGUCAAGUGUAUCAGGUACGCAAGAAAGACACCAAGAGGAUCUAUGCAAUGAAGGUGCUCUCAAAAAAAGUCAUUGUAAAGAAGAACGAAAUUGCGCAUACUAUUGGCGAACGAAAUAUUCUUGUACGCACAGCGUCCAAAUCUUGCCCCUUCAUUGUUGGUCUGAAAUUUUCGUUUCAAACCCCAGCCGAUCUGUACUUGGUAACAGAUUUUAUGAGCGGAGGUGAGCUUUUUUGGCAUUUGCAAAAAGAGGGAAGAUUUGCCGAGGAUCGUGCCAAAUUCUACAUUGCAGAGCUAGUGCUUGCUCUCGAGUAUCUUCACGAUAAUGACAUUGUCUACAGAGACUUAAAGCCAGAAAACAUACUACUUGAUGCUAACGGGAACGUGGCCUUGUGCGAUUUCGGACUUUCCAAAGCAGAUUUGAAAGAUCGUACCAACACCUUUUGCGGCACUACCGAAUACCUCGCACCGGAACUUUUGCUUGAUGAGAGUGGAUACACCAAAAUGGUAGAUUUUUGGUCUCUUGGAGUCCUCAUUUUUGAAAUGUGUUGCGGCUGGUCUCCCUUUUUCGCCGAGGACAACCAAAAGAUGUACCAAAAAAUUGCAUUUGGCAAAGUCAAAUUCCCACGCGACGUUUUGUCUCCCGAUGGGCGUUCAUUUGUCAAGGGUCUUUUGAACCGUAACCCAAAGCACCGUUUAGGGGCUCUCGACGACGGUAGAGAGCUUCGCGCACAUCCCUUCUUCGCCGAUAUCGAUUGGGAGGCUCUCAGGCAGAAGAAGACUCCACCUCCUUUCAAGCCGCACCUCUCUUCGGAAACAGACACUUCCAAUUUCGACCCAGAGUUCACACAAACGUCUACGUCUUAUAUGAACAAACAACCCAUUGCUGCUACCCCGUUGUCGCCAGCCAUGCAGGCCAAAUUCGCUGGUUUCACAUUCGUGGACGAAUCCGCUUUUGACGAUCAUUACAACGCCCAUUACAGCAACCGCAAGUUCUUACAGAGCUCUUACUUCAUGGAGCCGGGCUCAUUUAUCCCAGGAAACCCAAAUCUGCCCCCAGAUGAGGAUGUUAUUGACGACGAAGACUAUGACCUCGAUCAAGCACAGCUGAAAAACGGCAAUACCAAUGCUCAGGUCGAUUACGAUGGCGAUCAUCACAUGGAUGACGAAUUUGUGAGCGGCCGCUUCGAGAUAUGA